AUGGCAGAAAGUCUAAACGACUUUAUAGCAGGCUAUGUGAGCGGCGUAGCAGGUCUGCUAGUUGGGAAUCCUUUAGAUGUCCUGAAGGUCCGUCUACAAACGUAUUCGCCCGGAGUGUCAAAACCGUCUCUUUCAGCAAUGAUAAAGACAGAAGGUUUUACAUCCCUCUUUAAAGGUGUAGCCUCUCCGAUUGUAGGUCUUGCAUUCUUAAAUUCAAUUCUUUUCGCAUCAUAUGGUGGCAUCCUCCGGUUGUUUUCAACCCCUAAUGAUCAACCUACGUUGACAGAAGUAUAUAUUGCCGGGUUUGGUGCCGGUAUAGCCUGCUUUUUAGCAAGUACUCCCACAGAGCUCGUCAAGUGUAAAACGCAAGUAUUGCGAGAGGGAAAACAUAGAAAAGACAGUGUCCGAGAUCAAACAACCUCCUGGGCUGUAUUCAAGGCUGUUUUGAGGCGAGAAGGCAUAAGGGGCCUUUAUCAGGGCGGAUGGAUAACCAUUAUAAGAGACGCGCCAGGAUAUGCAGUGUAUUUCUGGACAUACGAAGGUUUGAAAAGGACACUGGGCGUCAAUCAAUCUUCGGGCCUCGAUGACAUUAGUAAUGUCUCCCGUCUUCUGUUUGCCGGUGGCAUGGCUGGACUUUUAUCCUGGGCAAGCGUAUACCCAUUAGACACCAUAAAGUCGCGGAUCCAAACGCAAAGCCAUUCUCCAUUAAUCAACAGAGAACAAGAAUCAAUGCGCCAUUCGAACCAACCACUGUUAGUCAAAAAACCCGCCCCUGAACCGUACAAGGGCGUAAUUGAUUGUAUAGUGCGAUCGUAUCGUGCAGAAGGCAUCCGUGUCUUCUUUAGAGGAAUGACGCCGACGCUGUUGCGUGCAUGGCCUGUUAAUGCGGUUACGUUUUAUGUAUAUGAAAUUAUGAUAAAAUGGUUGAAUAAUAAAUCAUAA